AUGGUGUGGACAGUGAGAUUGUGCGUUCUCCCCUUGUUGAUCUACCUCUCGAUGGUGCAAGGGAAUCCCUCAAAUGCGUCGUCUUUUCUUCUUUCGCCAACUCCAAAACCGAGCCAAAACAAGUUAUUUGUGCACUAUUCGAUGGAUCGAGGCACUCUGGUGCUGCGAAGGAAGAUAUUUAUCUUCAGGGCUGAGUUAUACACCCCCUGGUCAAAGUGGAGCAAUUGUUCUACAAGGGACUGCACAGAGCUGAGAUAUCGUCAGUGUAUGAACGACUCCUACGAAAAUCCCAUUCCAAAUCUCUUCCGAACAAAUAACUGCCCCUUCCAGUAUAUUGUGGAGACAAGAAGGUGUGUCAAUGAUUCUGAGUGUCAUAAAGAUGCCCCUUCAAAAAUUUUGAACGAAUUAUCAGACACCUGUGGAAAGCGACCAAAUUUUAAGAGCAAACGCGGUGUUUUAUCCAAGAUUCUAGGCGGUCGUGAGGCCAAGCCGCAUAGCUGGCCUUGGCAAGUGGCCUUGUAUGUGCGGACUCCCGUUGUUGAAGGCAGGUCUUCGCGCUCCGCUAUUGAAUCACCCUUCUGUGGAGCAACACUAAUCGCACCUUCGUGGCUUAUCACAGCGGCCCAUUGCCUCAGUGAAUUGGUACCCGACAAGGUGCUCACGGUCGGUCAAAUCUUCUCCGUAGAGGAGGAGCUGGAGCUAAGUAUUCGCGCCAGAAUUGGUGAUCACAUCCGUGGUAGAAGGGAUGGGCCGCAAGAGGUCUCUCGCCUUAUUGAAUUAGCAAUUAUUCAUCCAGACUAUCGAAGAGGAUUUUCGGAGCAAGGGUUUGACGUAGCUCUUCUAAAACUAGAUGAACCGGUGGAAUUUAGUGAAAAGGUGAGCUCAAUCUGCAUUCCGGAUAGAAGCCUUCACUUGCCUGAAGGUCACACCUGCUACGCAGCAGGUUGGGGCGCUACUUCACCUGACACUACAGUUCUUCCUGAACCCUUCGGAUUCAUUGACUUCUUCUCUGCAAGCCUUUUUCCCAGACCCUGCGGUUUGGGCCAAUCUUCCGCCUCUAAUCGCAGAUGUCGCGGACCCAGACAACCACUACGGCUACUCGAAGUAGACUUGCCUCUCGUCUCACUACAGCGAUGUCGUAGGACUUUCCGAAAUCUUCGUGAAUGGGUGCACGUUUGCGCGGGGGAGAAAGGAAAAGAUACUUGCCGCGGCGAUAGCGGUGGUGGACUGUUCUGCCAAAACCCCGAGGAUGGAAGAUGGUACAUCUACGGCGUAACCAGUUUUGGCUCCGUUUUGGGCUGCGGUGAACACUACGGAGUCUAUGCGUGCACUCGUGGAAUUUCCGACUGGAUUCAUGAGAAUGUCUCUUAG